UUCUGCUCUCCAUCUCCAUCUCCCUCUCUUCUCUGUACAUCGCUAUCAUCAUUGUGAAGGUGGUGUGAGUGGCAGGGCUAGGAGGAAGACACACAGCAUCAGCACAGGCAUCCCCAACAUCAUCAUCACUCAGAAUUCCUUCACCUAACAGGGCAGAAUGGCAGAGGGCUCCGUAUCAGUAGCAGAGGUGGAGACGUCCUUCAAGAAGUUUGCCAUUCAUGGGGACACCAAGGCUACUGGGAAGGAGAUGAACGGGAAGAACUUUGCCAAACUCUGCAAGGACUGCCGGGUCAUCGACGGCAAGAACGUCACUGCCACCGAUGUGGACAUUGUCUUCACUAAAGUCAAGGCGAAGACAGCUCGUGUGAUCGCCUUUGAGCAGUUCAGCCAGGCCCUGUCAGAGUUGGCCCCGAAGCGUUUUAAAGGGAAGUGCCAGGAGGAGGCGCUGCAGCAGCUCUACGGCCUCAUAGCAGGGAGGGAGCCUGCCAACGCUGGUGUCACUAAAGUGGCCAAGGCAGGGGCGGUGGACAGACUGACAGACACCACCAAAUUCACAGGGGCACACAAGGAGCGGUUUGACGAGUCGGGCAAAGGGAAGGGCAAGGCCGGGCGAGUAGACAUUCCAGAUGCCAGUGGCUAUGUGGGUGCCUACAAGGGCAAGGGCACCUAUGAGGAUAAGGUCAAGGAAGCAUAGGCAGGACAGAGGGAGAGAGAGAUAUGCUCAGUCAGUUACCCCAAAUACCCCCCCUAAAUAGUGUAAUUUAAGUGAGAACUUGUGUAAAUGUAUAUUAAUGCACAUACUGCGCAGGUAGGAUGGGCUGGUCAGUCACUGAGUCAAAGUAUUAUAUAUCCUUUAACGUUGCAUGUUGGGGUGGUGGUUGUUAUGAUGGGGAGGUGUAAGGGUGAGGAGUAAACCUGGAUAGAAAACAAAACAGUGACCAAAUUCUAUGUCAAUAAAAACGUGAAUAAUAUUUAGAUAUAUUCACCUUCCCAAACGCUCCAACCUCUGACCCUAUCCCUCCCAGCUUCACUAGAUGCCUCUGUAUGAGUCGUUUUUACUUGUUUAUGUGUUGUGUAUAAUAUAUACUGAACAGAAAUAUAAACGCAUCAUGCAACAAUGUCAACAAUUU